CUCUCAACUCGUUGACUCUCACCUCCACACGUUUCACUAUGUCUGGUCGGCUGGACAAAAAGUCAGUAUCAAAAGCUCUCGCUGACUUGAAGCGCGCAAGGCAAGGAAUAGCGCGUACAUUCAAGGAAGAGGACGUUACCCUCUAUGACGAGGUCAACGAGGACCAAUAUAAACGCGUCGUGAAAGGAAGGCUUCAGAAAGAUGACUUUGUCGUCGACGAUGGAGUUGAUGGAUACAUGGACAAUGGGAUGGAUGACUGGAUGGACCAGGACGAAGAGUACCCGGAAUCCGAAGAUGAACGAGAGACGAAGAAGAAAGCAUCGAAAAAGUCGAACAGCAAGGCCAAGGCUAAGGGAAAGGGGGAACCCAAACCUCCUCCACCUCCAGUUGUCGCCCCAACCAUUAAUGAUUACCGUAAAACAGUCUCUACUGAAGAAGAAUCAGACUUCAUGGCGAACCUCUUUAACACUCUGGACUCCGCUCCCACUCCUUCUACAACCGCGAAAUCUAGAAAGCGUAAAACUUCGCCCGACGAUCGCGAUUCCUCUCCCAUUCCUUACAGAAAUGGUGGAUAUGACGACUUUGCAGAAGCAUCAUCUGAUGGACCCAUAGAUGAUUUCAUUUCAAUGCCCUCUAGCGAUGAUAUAAUCUUGAGUCCGAAGAAGAAGCAGAGAAUAGAUGCGGGUGGAAUAACACCAGCCGCUCAUCGCCUCGCAAAAAUGGACGUGGACGCUGAAAUCGAUGAUAUAGAUUUCGAGGCGUUUGACGAUAUUGACUUGGAUUUUGAUGAUUUCGAGGUUAAAACAACUGUCAAGGCCGAGAAAAUGGAUGUCACUAUCCCCGUCGAAAAGCCGAAACCUGAAGAGAAAGAGGAUGCUCUUCCAUCAUGGCUAGCGGUUUACGACUCACUCAACGUUACUGCGGCAGAAUCACUGGGACCGACUGCAUCCACUUCCUCUUCCUCGAAUACAUCCAAUGUUGAUGCCCUUGAACCAGACGGAUCGCUCCACUUUUAUUGGCUCGACUACCUGGAACAUGAUGGCCAAAUAUCUUUUGUGGGGAAAGUUAAGGACAAGACUUUAGGCGCGCUGGUCUCCGCUUGCAUUACUGUCGAAAACUUGGAGCGCAACUUGUUCGUCCUGCCACGGAAGAGAAAAGUCGAAGAGGGCGAGGACGGGAAAUAUUAUGAUACGGAUGAGGAACCCACACAACCGGAUGUGUAUAGGGAUUUUGACGCGAUCAGGAAGAGAGCUAAUAUUGGCAAGUUCAAAGGCAAAUUCGUCGAGAGAAAAUACGCGUUUGGCGAUCCCGAUGUACCCAGGGAGGAAACACCCUGGCUGAAGAUUGCGUAUCCAUUUAGUGAACCACAACUUCCCAACACCAUUCAGAGCCCCAAUAUCGCCAAAGUGUUUGGAACCAACACAAGUGCCUUCGAACUCCUUGUUCUCAAGCGCAAGAUUAUGGGUCCUUGUUGGAUCAAGAUCAAAGAACCCGAAGUUAACUUCAAAGGCGUAUCGUGGUGUAAAUUCGAGGCAACAGUCAGCGAUCCAAAAGACUUUAAUCCCUUGUUAGAUGCAGCCGGUCAAUCACCCACGGAGGUCCCACCGUUGACCGUCCUCAGUCUUAGCGUGCGGACCGUGGUCAACCACAAAGACAACAGGCGGGAAGUCGUCUGUGCAACGGCCAGGAUUUGGCACAACAUGCUGAUUGACGAUCCUACGCCCCCCGAACGCCUCCCGUGCACCGUACAAACUUUCGUUCGUCCACUCGGCGACCGAUUUCCUUCGAACUUUGAAGGGCAUGCAAAAGCUAACGGCAAAGGACUUGUCUCGUCGAUGAAGAAUGAACGAAUGUUACUCAGCAGCCUUCUGGUUGCAAUUCACAAAGCUGAUCCAGAUAUCAUUGUUGGUCACGAUUUCCUCGGCGUUUCCCUCGAUGUGAUACUCCACCGAAUGCGAGACUGCAAAGUCGACCACUGGUCUAGAGUAGGACGCUUCAGACGUGCGAGAUGGCCUAAUAUUGGGAAGCAGGGCACGAACAUCAAGUUCUUGAAUGGCCGGUUGUUGUGUGACUUGACGAGCGAUAGUGCGAAGAGCAUGAUAUCUUCUACGACCUGGUCUCUUACUGAAAUGUGUACAACUCACCUGAAAAGCGACCGUCAAGACAUUGAUCCGGAUGAUGUUCCCAACUACUUUGACAGCUCUCUUAGUGGACCGGAGAGGCUGAUGACCUUCGUUCGUCAUUGUGAACUGGACGCACAUUACCAAAUGGCCCUUGCAUCCAAGGUUCAGAUAAUUCCACUGACGAAGCAAUUAACUAAUCUUGCUGGGAACGCUUGGAACAAGACUUUGAACGGUGGGCGAGCGGAGAGAAACGAGUACAUCCUGUUGCACGAAUUCCAUCGGCUGAAGUAUGUCUGUCCUGAUAAGGACAGGUCUUGGGGAAAGAAAUCUGCGAAGAUUGAAGUCGCCGACGAUGAUCCUGAAGCUCGGAAAGAUGCACCGAAGGGCAAGAAGAAGGAUAAGUACAAAGGCGGUCUUGUCUUUGAGCCAAAGAGGGGCUUAUGGGACAAGUAUAUUCUGGUCAUGGACUUCAAUUCGUUGUACCCGAGUAUCAUUCAGGAGUAUAACGUCGACUUUACGACUAUCGAGCGAAUUGCGGAUGAAGAGGAUGAGAAUGGCGAGCAGAUUCAACCAGACCCACCUGGUCCUGAAGUUCCACAAGGUGUUUUACCUCGGCUUAUUGCAACUCUCGUCCAGAGGCGAAGGCAAGUCAAGUCACUUAUGAAGGAUAAGAAUGCUACGCCCGCACAGUUGCUUCAGUAUGAUAUCAAACAGCAGGCGUUGAAGUUGACUGCCAACAGUAUGUACGGGUGCCUAGGUUUUGAAUACUCCCGGUUCUAUGCCCGUCAACUCGCCUCCCUCACCACCUAUAAGGGCAGAGAAAUCUUGACUCACACCAGGGAGUUGGCAGAAAGCAUGCAACUCGACGUUGUAUACGGUGAUACCGACUCUGUCUUCGUCAACUCUAAUGUCACCGAGCUGUCCGAAGCGCUCAAAAUCUCCACAGAGUUCAAAAAAACUGUUAACGAAUGCUACAAACUGCUCGAAAUUGACCUCGAUAGCGUUUUCCAACGCCUGCUGUUAUUGCAGAAGAAGAAAUAUGCUGCCCUCAAGAUGGAAGAUGGAAGUCGAACAUCGACAGAGAUCAAAGGUCUCGAUAUGAAACGUCGAGAAUAUUGUGACCUGUCUAAGAAUGUGUCGCAGUUCGUGCUCAAUCAGAUUCUGUCGGGUGAUUCAACAGAGAUAGUAGUCGAACAUAUUCACGAAUAUUUGACUUCGGUCGGUCAAAAUGUUAGGGGAGGUCAGAUUAAGCUCGACGAUUUCACCAUUCACAAGCGACUGGGUAAAGAACCCGAAGCAUAUCCCAAGAGUGAGGGUCUGCCACACGUCCAGGUUGCCCUAAAGAUGAAGGCGAAGGGAGGCAACGCGCGUGCUGGUGAUGUUAUUCCAUACAUUUUCUGUUUACCGGAUGGAGAGGAGAGCGCGAAGUCUGCUCAGUCAGAUAGAGCUCACCAUCGUGAUGAGCUUCGCAAGGCUGAUUCUGGUUUAAAUAUCGAUUUCGAGUACUACCUCUCGCAGCAAGUGCUGCCGCCCGUCGAACGAUUGUGUGAGCCGAUUGAAGGAACAGACCGUGCACGUCUUGCGGAAUGCCUUGGUCUCAAUCCCGAUAGAUACCGCGUAGCCGCAUCUUCCUCUGCAGAGAAUACCGGUUUCGCGAGUUUGGAUUCCCAGCUAUCAGAUGCUGAACGAUACAAAGACGCUGAACCAUUCUUUACGAUUUGCCGCAAUUGCAAAGGACAAUGGGCGUAUGCUCCUUUGAACGAUCGGGAGGUACGUCUCUUUGUUUCACUCACCGCUGUUAUCGUUAUCACCCUGUGUAGGAAUGCUGUCUGCGUCCAAAUGGCCGAUUCUGUCCUGGAUGCCAGAGUCCCUUGCAGUUGGGAAGCCUGCAAGCGCAGUUGGAAGCUCAAAUCAGAAAACACAUUGCCAAGUUUUACGAAUGCUGGACCAUCUGUAGUGAUCCGAUAUGCGGUUACAAAACUCGAAUGAUGGGCGUAUAUGGUCGCAGGUGCUUACGAUGCAAGACUCCGGUCACACUUGAGUAUUCCGAUGAGAAACUCUAUAACCAACUGCGUUACCUCGGUUUUCUAUUCGAUGGUGAACGCGCCAUUAAGAAUGUGACUGGAACUGAUUCUCUGGAGGUGGUAUCGGCGCUAGUGAAAACACAUUCAAGCUUCUUGACGGCGAUGUCUGGGUGUGUGGAGAAAUAUCUCGAACAGUGCGGACGUCGUUGGGUGGAACUUAGUAGUGUAUUUUCGUUCAUGAAGGUGUAACUGGAUCUGUACUUUUGUAUUUCGGAUUUCCUCUGCUGUUAUGUAUUGCAAGCUAUGGUCACUGUAUUACUGAUAUGGUAUACAAUUUGGAUCGAC